CACUGUAAAGAAGUUCUUGCGCAUGUUUGUGCGGAACUUCCUAUGCUCCAGUUUCUGGCCGUUUCCCCUUGUCCUGUCUCCACUCACCACUGAAAAGAGUCCGGCCUCGCCAUUCUGCCCCCCACACCUUAGAUAUUUAUAGACCUGGAUCAGGUCCCCUCUCAGUCUCCUUUUCUCAAGGCUGAACAGACCCAGUUCACUCAGCCUUUCCUCAUAGGGGAGAUGCUCCAGGCCCUUCACCAUCUUCGUGGCCCUCCGCUGGACUCUCUCCAAGAGAUCCCUGUCUUUUUUGUACUGGGGAGCCCAGAACUGGACGCAGUACUCCAGAUGAGGUCUUACCAGGGCAGAGUAGAGGGGGAGGAUCACCUCCUUUGACCUGCUGGACACGCUCUUUUUACUGCACCCCAGUAAGCCAUUGGCCUUUUUGGCCACAAGGGCACACUGCUGGCUCAUGGCCAACCUGUCGUCCACCAGGACACCCAGGUCCCUUUCCGCAGAGCUCCCCUCCAGCAGGUCAUCCCCCAACCUGUACUGGUGCAUGGAAUUAUUCCUCCCCAGAUGCAAGACUCUACACUUGCUUUUGUUAAACCUCAUCCGGUUUUUUUCUGCCCAGCUCUCCAGCCUAUCCAGGUCUUGCUGAAUGGCAACACAGCCUUCAGGCGUGUCAGCCAAUCCUCCCAACUUCGUAUCAUCGGCAAACUUGCUGAGGGUGGCCAUUAUCCCCUCAUCAAGGUCAUUGAUGAAGAUGUUGAACAAGACCGGACCCAGCACAGACCCCUGAGGAACACCGCUAGUUACAGGCCUCCAACCGGACUCUGCACCACCAACAACGACCCUCUGUGCUCUGCCAGUCAGCCAGUUCUCAACCCACCUCAUUGUCCACUCAUCUAUCCCACACUUCCUCAGCUUUGUUAUAAGGACGUCAUGGGGGACAGUAUCAAAUGCCUUGCUGAAAUCAAGGUAGACUACAUCCACUGCUCUCCCCCUAUCCACCCAGCCAGAGACAACAUCAUAGAAGGCUACCAGGUUGGUCAAGCACGACCUCCCCCUGGUGAACCCGUGCUGACUACUCCUGAUAACCUCCUCUUCUUCCAGUUGUCUGGAGAUGACAUCCAGUACAAGCUGUUCCAUCACCUUUCCAGGGACAGAGUCUUCAGGCACCUUCCCCGUCUUCCAAGACUUCUCAAAGAUGACCGAAAGCGGUUCAGCAAUCACCUCUGCCAGCUCCCUCAGCACCCGUGGAUGAAUCCCAUCGGGUCCCAUGGAUUUCUGAACAUUGAUGUUGCCUAGGCGCUCCCGGACCACCUCUUCCCUGACAGAAGGGGGGUCUUCCAUUCCCCAGAUCCUCUCACUAAUCUCCAGGGUCUCAGAUUCCCGAGGGGGAGCUUUUUCACUGAAGACAGAAGCAAAGAAGGCAUUCAGUAUCUCUGCCUUCUCAGCAUCCCCCGUUACCAGAACACCCCCGUCACUUAGCAGGGGAGCCACAUUCUCCCUAGUCUUCCUUUUACUGUUAAUGUACUUGAAAAAAACCUUUUUUAUUAUCCUUUAUCCCCUUUGCCAGAUUUAAUUCCAGGCGGGCUUUAGCCUUCCUUGUCGCAUCCCUGCAGACCCUGACAACAUUCCUGUAUUCUUCCCAAGUAGUCAGACCCUUUUUCCACAUUUCAUGGGCCUUCUUCUUUCCUUUGAGUUUGUGCACGAGCUCCUUGCUCAUCCACACAGGUCUCCUGCCACCCUUUCCCGAUUUCUUCCUUACAGGGACACACCGAUCCUGAGCUUGGAAGAAGAGCUGCUUAAAUGCCGACCAGCUCUCACAGGCCCCCUUGCCUUCCAACACCCUAGCCCAUGAGACAGCUCCAAGUAGGCCCCGAAAGAGAUCGAAGUUGGCUCUCCUAAAGUCCAGGAUAGCAAUCCUACUUUUUGCUUUACUUCUUCCACUCAGGAUCUUGAACUCCACCAUCUCAUGGUCACUACAACCCAAGCUGCCCCCGACCUUUACUUCCCUGACAAGCCCUUCUCUAUUAGUGAGAAUAAGGUCCAGCAGUACCCCUCUCCUCGUCGAUUCCUCAACCACCUGCAUCAGGAAGUUGUCUUCAACACAUUGCAGGAGCCGUCUGGACCACACAAGCCUGGCCACAUUGCUUUUCCAGCAAGUAUCUGGAUGAUUGAAGUCCCCCAUAAGCACCAGCGCCUGGGAUCGU